AAAUUGAUUGGAAUCGUUUCUUCGGAAUUGAGAUUGAAAAGAAGCAAACCGUAUUAAUUGAAAGAAUAAAAGAUGGAAGAUCAAGAAUUCCCUGAGGGAAGCGUAAAGAACAUAUUGGAGCAGGACAGCCUCAAGUGGGUCUUCGUUGGAGGCAAAGGCGGUGUUGGCAAAACGACAUGUAGUUCGAUUCUCUCGAUCCUUUUGGCCGAAGUCCGACCUUCUGUUUUGAUCAUAUCCACUGACCCAGCUCACAAUCUCGGCGAUGCCUUUCAGCAACGCUUCACCAAAACUCCUACUUUGGUUAACGGCUUCUCAAAUCUUUAUGCUAUGGAGGUGGAUCCUGCUGUUGAAGAAGACAUGGGAUCUAGUGACGGGAUGGAUGGCUUGAUUUCUGAGCUGGCAAAUGCAAUUCCUGGUAUUGACGAGGCUAUGAGCUUCGCAGAAAUGCUGAAAUUGGUACAGACAAUGGAUUAUUCUGUUAUAGUAUUUGAUACAGCACCAACAGGCCAUACACUCAGGCUAUUACAAUUUCCGUCAACUUUAGAGAAGGGGCUUAAUAAGAUGAUGUCUUUGAAAAAUAAGUUUGGUGGAUUAAUGAGUCAGAUGACCCGUAUGUUUGGUAUGAAUGAUGAUUUUGGGGAGGAUGCUCUCUUGGGAAGGCUUGAGGGCAUGAAGGAUGUGAUUGAACGAGUUAAUAAGCAGUUUAAAGACCCAGACUUGACAACAUUCGUCUGUGUUUGUAUUCCAGAGUUCCUUUCUCUCUAUGAAACUGAGAGACUGGUGCAGGAACUCACCAAAUUUGAGAUAGAUACACACAAUAUUAUCAUUAACCAAGUACUUUUUGAUGAGGAAGAUGUUGAAUCCAAGCUGCUUAGAGCUAGAAUGCGGAUGCAACAAAAGUACCUUGAUCAAUUCUACAUGUUGUACGAUGAUUUCAACAUAACUAAGUUGCCAUUGCUCCCGCAAGAGGUCACCGGUGUUGAAGCUCUUAAGUCAUUUUCACAGCAUUUUAUGACACCAUAUCAACCAUUGACUAGUCGAGGGUCAGUAGAAGAAUUGGAACGGAGAAUAAGCAAUCUAAAGAAAACGUUGGAAGAAGCUGAAGAAGAAUUAGAGAGAGUAAGAAAAGGAAAACAGAAGGCAUAAUAAUGAGCAAAAUGUUUACACCCCACUUGCUACUUUUUUCUUAUGCAAUUUCCCGAGUUAACAAAAGGAGGCUGGUGACCUCUCAUUGAAUUGAGCUGCCAAAUGAAACCCCUUUUUGUUGUUUUA